AUGAAUAAUAUUACAGUCGAUGAGCCAGUACUCCCGGUACAUUUAACAUACCUUAACCAGUUCCUUUAUACCGGGGAGUACGCUGUGGAAGCAAUGGAUGUGGAAGACUUUCCAAUUGACAAGAAGAAGUAUCCCAAUGGGUGCUGGAGUUGCAUGAACCACCUCCGCUUACUCAGUCUUCACCUAAGUAUAUUUCAUGCUGCGCGGUACCUGGGAAUGGAGAUGCUGCAGCUCUUGGCGUUGCAGAAAUUUGGUGCAGCAGCUAAUCAUGCGACUUCAACCGUUCUUCGGUACAUUCUGCAAAAUGUGUAUACUAUUGAGCCUCAGACUCCAAUGCAUUUACAUAUGGGAAUGUAUUCUUUAGUUGGGUGGACUGACUAUCGACCAAUGAUCAUUCUUCCUGUUAUCAUGGAAUACAUCAGAAAACAUAAACCAGCUAUCCAGUCACAUUAUGAUUCUGUGAUGGGAGAUUGGAACACAGGAUUUUGGACGGAGAGGGUAAGAGCAACAUGGCCGGAAGCGGAUGAGUUUGCAGCGAUGCGGAGUCGGAUACCUGAAUUUGAUCUGCAUAUGGAGUGGGCGGAGGUUGUGCUUGCAUUGGAAGACUAUUUCCCUCGGCCAUGGAUGCCAAAGACCGAGGCAACAGGGGAUUUGCUGGAUAAUCUAGAACAGUUCGUCUCUCAGAACUGGCUAAUACCAACAGCAAUGCCGGUUUCAAAUUCGCUCUAA